AUGACUUACGUGACGGCGCUUUGCGAGGAGGUGACGCUGAGGUCGGAACACCCUGUCGAACCGACGCCGCAGUUGAUUGAGGAGCCUUCGGACCCAACUGAAGAAGGAAUGGCUCCGACCAACCUCCAAUCUCAGACACUACAGGCGGUGCAGAAAGAGGAUGACAGCAUCCCUGUAGGCAGGGAAGCUGAAGUGGAAUGGCCCCAGGGCGCUGUGGCCGUGGCGAGACAGCAGGAGAUACAAGAUUUGCCAACACCAGAGGCCGAGUCUACAGACGACCAGCCAUGGCAGCGGGACGUGGAUCUCCCUCCUGCUGCUCCCUCUGACUACCAGCAGGAGGGUACAAGUGGCUGCCACAAAGAACUGGGCGCGGAGCUCCUCAUCACAAGCCCAAUGGAUGCCAGAGACUACUACCUCUCUCUGGCAAACGCCCUCGAACUGACCUACAGCAAAAUCCAAUUUUUCUAUUCGCAGUUGCAGAGUAUGAAGGAACACGUGCGACUCAUCAGUACGAGAGGGUAUUAUGACAUGUCUGAGAUACAAAGUAAUCUGAGAGCGAACGCCUUGGAGCACAUCGACUGGCUGGACUACCAGGAACUGCGCCUGGAACUCGCGUGUUUCGGAAUCAACUCGAUGCUGGAAGAAAGCGACGAGGAUGAACCUGUGGUCGCCCCUUCUCGUCUAGCCGCCUGUCACCGCCCUCUGAAGAAGAGCUUCGAGCUUCUGGCCUUGUGCUUGUGUGACAGGCGAGGGGAUGAAAAUGGGAUAGCUGACGCAAAGGACAAAAACAGAGAAAAAAACACCACGCAACUGCCUGAGGAUGUUCUGACGUCACGAAAGGACGACGAAUUAACACUGUCGCCGAUCAGUGCCACCCUUCAGCCACUAGUCAGGAACAGUGAUGAGGUUGGCGAGAAGGUGCCGUCAGACGAAGCCGGUGGUGACGCAGAGCAGGUGCAAGUCAGUGGUGCCAACAGAGUAAAUGAUGAGGGAGGCCAAGAAGGCAGAAGUGGUCCUGAAACAGAUGAUAAGGCGAAGUCACCACUUAGCGGAGGAAACGAAGCAGUCGAUGAAGCCCCGUCAGCGGCUACAAGAGUUGCCAAAGAGGAUGUUUCAGACGGUAACAGCGAACAUAGUGUGAAAGUAAAUGGCAGCAGCAGCAGUAGUGAUGAAACACAGUCACGAAGUAGUAGUGAGAGUAGACGCAAAACUAUUCCUGUAGACAAUCAGCCAAUCGCCGGAGAACUCACGGAGGAGUCAGUGCUGAGUGAGGUGUCUCGGCUGCUGGAACAGCUGCUCAUGCUGUACUGCCGGCACAUGGAUCGCGUGGAGGUGGUGGGUUUCGACUUCCUGGAAUUGGAGCUGCCUGUGGGCGCGCCCUCAGCGACUGUGCGGCUGGCGGCCCUCAUCCAGGACACGCUGGACAACAUGGAAGAGGAGCUGUCGGAGACACAGCGGCAGCUGGCGCUGAUCGCAGGCGCCGCCAGGGCCCUGGGCGAGUGUGCCUGGCCCGCCGCGACCGGGAGUCGAACGCAGUGGCCCUUGGACAUGCUGCCGCAGCCUCGGCGGCCGGACCUCAGCACUCCUCGGCGAAAGCCAGAGGGCAGCUUCUGGAGACUCUGCUGCUGUUUCUUCUCGUACUGCUUGAGGAAGUGCCGAUGAACACGGUCUUGGGGGAUCUGGUGACGUCAACAGGCACAUGUCUCCCCCCCCCCCUCCACCCGCCUCCCCCCCCCCCCCGGCGCAGCCCCCUUCCCCCGAGUUCGUUCUCGACGGAUUUCUGGUAUAUUCUACACUUACAUUCAUACUCCGGAAGCCACUCAACGGAGUGUGGCGGAGGGCACUUUACAACUGUCAUUACCUCCCUUCUCUGUUCCAGUCGCGUACGGUUCGCGGGAAGAACGACUGCCGGAAAGCCUCCGUACGCGAUCGAAUCUCUCUAAUUUUACAUUCGUGAUCUUCUCGGCAGGUAUAAGUAGAGGGAAGCAACAUAUUCGACACCUCAUCCAGAAACGCACCCUCUCGAGACCUAAAGAGCAAGCUACACCGCGAUGCAGAGCUCCUCUCUUGCAGAGUCUGCCACUUGAGCUUGCUAAACAUCUCCGUAACGUUAUCACGUUUACCAAAUAACCCUGUGACGAAAUGAGCCGCUCCUCUUUGGAUCUUCUCCAUCUCCUCUGUCAACCCGACCUGGUACAGAUCCCACACUGAUGAUCAAUACUCAAGUAUAGGUCGAACGAGUGUUUUGUAAGCCACCUCCUUUGUUGAUGGACUACAUUUUGUAAGGACCCUCCUUACCAACAAUUAAUGUUAUAUGAUCAUUCCACUUCAAAUCGUUCCGCACGCAUACUCCCAGAUAUUUUACAGAGGUAACUGCUACCAGUGUUUGUUGCGCUAUCAUAUAAUCAUACAGUAAAUGAUCCUUCUUUCUAUGUAUUCGCAAUACUUUACAUUUGUCUAUGUUAAGAGUCAGUUGCCACUCGCUGCACCAAGUGCCUAUCCGCUGCAGAUCUUCCUGCAUUUAGCUGCAAUUUUCUAAUGCUGCAACUUCUCUCUAUACUACAGCAUCAUCCGCGAAAAUCCGCAUGGAACUUCCGAUACUAGCUACUAGGUCAUUUAUAUAUAUUGUGAAAAGCAAUGGCCCCAUAACAGUACCCUGUGGCACGCCAGAGGUUACUUUAACGUCUGCAGACGUCUCUCCAUUGAGAACAACAUUCUGUAUUCUGUUUGCCAAAAAUUCUUCAAUCCAGCCAUACAGCUGGUUUGAUAUUCCGUAGGCUCUUACUUUGUUUAUCAGCUGACAGUGCGAAAUCCGGAAGUCAAGGAAAAUGGCAUCUACCUGGGAGCCUGUAUCUAGUAUUUUCUGGGUCUCACGAACAAAUAAAAUGAGUUGGGUCUCACACGAUCGAUGUUUCCGGAAUCCACGUUGAUUCCAACAUAGUGGAUUCUGGGUUUCCAGACAUGACAUGAUACGCGAACAAAAAACAUGUUCUAAAAUUGUACAACAGAUCUAUGUCAGAGAUAUAGGCCUACAAUUUGCGCAUCUGUUCGACUACCCUUCUUGAAAACUGGAACUACCUGUGCUCUUUUCCAAUCAUUUGGAACCUUCCUUCCUCUAGCGAAUUGCGGUACACGGCUCUUAGAAGGGGGGCAACUUCUUUCUCGUACUCUGUGUAGAAUCGAAUUGGUAUCCCGUCAGGUCUAAUGGACUUUCCUCUGUUGAGUGAUUUGAGUGGCUUUUCUAUUCCUUGAACACUUAUUUCGAUGUCAGCAAUUUUUUCGUUGGUGCGAGGAUUUAGAGAAGGAACUGCAGUGGGCUCUUCCUCUGUAAAACAGCUUCGGAAAAAGGUAUUUCAGGUUUUAACGUGUCAUCCUCUGUUUCAAUGCCACUAUCAUCCCAUUAUCAUUCUCUGUGCACUUGUCGCGUUAACUGUCUACGAUCGUUCGCUUCAUUAGCUGAGUGGUCAGCGCGUCUGAUUAUCAUGCAGCGGACCCGGAGUUCGAUGCCCAAUCUGAUAGGAAAUUUUCUCCGCCCAAGGAAUAGUUGUUAUGUUGUCCUCGUCUUCACUUCAUCGUCAUGGAAAAGCAAGUCGUCCAAUGUUGCGUCACCUGAAAGGAAAUGCAACUCUUUAGCUAUCACUGCCAUAUCACCAUUUUCUCAUUUCUACGAAAAUCCUAGCUUCCUACAGUGACUGCCUCUGUCGGGAAAGUAACUGGCUGUCAAUGACCUAAAGAAAUAUCCAUCAAAAUCUCACUCAUACAUUAGUGUCCACUGUGAUCGUGGCUUACAUUUGCACAAAAUAUAGAACGUCAUUCGUAGAGUCACUGUUCUCAUCAAGACAAAUAACAUUGGACAUUCUACGGAACUGAGAACCUCCGGUCCUGCUCGCAUGGUAGUUAGUCGAAACAGGAACUCUGCAAUUGGCCACAUAAAAAACAGCCCACUCUACUCCUUUACUCCUAGGAGUGGAGAACAAUAUUUGUAUAUUAAAAUAAAAACUUACUAUUAAGAAGAUUAGAACAAGAGACUCUCUAGUCACCAACCUAUGUCGUUUUGCAUCUUUUUUGUGACAAUAGUGCAGUUUAUCAUCAAAGAAUGUAAAACAGAAUACAAUCAAACUGAGGCUACGUCUUCGUCUAUCCGAGAACGCUUGCUGUCCAACCCAGAGUCUCAACUGUCUCACUCUAUUUCCGCAGCACCUCCAUGUCUAUCAUCCUAACUGGUCGCAAGCAAGAGGUCUACGAUGUAUCAACACUGAAGGUCUCAGGAAAUUCCA